CAAAUCGUCAACUUUAAUUGUCGAGCUCUAGUUGCCUCAGUGCCCUUCUUCAGUUUUGGCGACGAGAACUUCGUCUCAGAUGUCCUCCGGCGGCUCCAGUUUGAGGUGUUUCAACCCGGAGACGUCAUUAUAAAGCAGGGCACUUGUGGAACUAAAAUGUACUUCGUCCAGGAAGGUACGGCCAACGUCCUCGACAGGGACGGUUCCAUUGUGGAUACCUACUCUGACGGCACUUACUUUGGGGGUAAGCCACUUAAUGCUGGACUCAUUAAGAUAGGUUGCAUCAAAGCUACAUGA